AUGAAGAGGACUCGUAGAGGUACGACUGAGGCUUCAUCAUCUCGACCUGAUAGACAGUGUCCCACAACCUCAGCGAGGAGACAUAAAGCGGUGAGUAAUGUUGUCACAGAGGUUGAAGAUGUAGCUGCUACGCAUGAUAGUAAUGUUGACGCAGAGAUUGUAGAUGUAUGUGCUACUAAUUAUACUAAUGUUGAGGUAGAUGUUGAGCCUACUGAGCCAUCUCAAAAUAACCAGAUUCUAGUAGUGUUUGCUGUGGAGGACAUAGCUGGUGGUGGCAAUGGCAAUGGCACGAGUAGAGAAGCGGAAUUAGAAGUAAUUAGAGAAGCAGACAGAGUCAUCAACUUGCCCGGACAGCCGCCGGUCUCAUUCCCCCACUACGCUGGCUACGUCCAACUACCUAAUUAUCAUAAUUCUCACAACACCAGCAGCAGCACCAGCAGCAGCAGCAACAAGGCUUUGUUCUACUGGUUUUUUCAUGCCCAACAAAAUGCCUCUUCUAAACCCCUCCUCCUUUGGCUCAAUGGAGGACCUGGCUGCUCAUCCGUAGCUUAUGGAGCUGCACAAGAACUUGGCCCAUUUCUUGUUCGGAGCAAUGGAACUCUCAUCCUUAACAACUUCUCCUGGAAUAAAGUUGCAAAUGUGCUCUUCUUGGAGGCACCUGUGGGAGUGGGAUUUUCCUACACAAACAACUCAAAAGAUGUGGAGACGCUGGGUGAUGCAGUUACAGCCGCAGACUCGUAUGCUUUCUUGGUGGAAUGGUUUAAGAGAUUCCCGGCCUUCAAGUCUCGUGAGUUUUAUAUUUCUGGGGAGAGCUAUGCUGGUCAUUAUGUCCCCCAGCUGGCCGACCUCAUCUACCAACGAAACAAACACUCCUCCUCCUCCUCCUACAUUAAUCUCAAAGGUUUCAUGAUUGGGAAUGCUGUGAUCAACGGUCCAACCGACAGCCGUGGAAUGUUUGACUACGCAUGGAGCCAUGCCAUCAUCUCCGACCAGCUCCACUACAAUUUAGUCAAUGAAUGCGAUUUUGCACAUGAAAAUAACCAAACAGAGCACUGCAAUGACCACAUGCGAGCCUUCUUACAAGCUUAUUCUGAUAUCGACAUCUACGGCAUUUAUGCACCUGUCUGCCUCUCUUCUUCUUCUUCUAAUUCCAAUAAAGCCAAAGCCUCAACGUAUAACUCCAUCAGACUUCUUGUUGCACCUCGCCUCCUCACUCAACAUGAGCUUUGGCACACGCUGCCAUCAGGCUAUGAUCCCUGCACAGAGAAUUAUGUUGAGCAAUAUUUCAACAGAGAGGAUGUUCAGAGGGCCUUGCAUGCCAAUGUUACCAAACUGUCCUAUCCUUACACCCCUUGCAGUGGCGUUAUAAAGGGAUGGAAUGACUCCCCCGACACCCUACUGCCAGUCAUUCAGAAGCUCUUAAAAGCUGGCUUGCGUAUUUGGAUCUAUAGCGGGGACACAGAUGGGAGGGUGCCGGUAACAUCAACAAGGUACAGCAUAAAAAAGAUGGGGUUAAGAGUAAAGCAAGAAUGGAGGGCAUGGUUUGAUGAGGGUCAAGUGGCCGGCUGGGUGGAGACGUAUCAGGAGGGCGGCGGCCUCACAUUUGCCACAGUGAGAGGAGCAGGCCACCAGGUCCCGGCCUUUGCACCUCGUAGGAAUUGCAGUCGCAUCGCAGUGGUUGGGCUGGGAGAGGAGAGCAGCUUCCUCCAUCCUCCAUCGUCUUCUCUACUGAGUCUGCUGUUGAGUAGUGAAAUGGCUUUUCUUUUCCACAAGUUUCAGGAGUUUGUGAAGACUCUUGCCAAAAAUUCCAUGCUUUCUAAGAAUCCAAGGCAACUACAAUUUGAAGCAGAUAUUAAUCGUCUCUUCCUAUAUACCAGCUACAAUCGCUUGGGAAGGAAUGCUGAUGAGGCAGAUGUGGAUGAGAUCAUUGACAUGGCUAGUAAAGCCCCUGUUGCUGAUCAACAGAAGCAAGUCCAAGAAAACAUUCAUCUCCAAAUUAAGAGCUUCUGCAUGUCUAUGGAUAAACUUCUUCUCCCUGAUGUUAAGAAGAUAAAUGAGGGAAUUGAAUCAUCUGAACAAUCAAAUCCUGCUCCUCGACAAAGCGGUCUCAGUUUUGCUAUUGGCAGGAAUACUCCAUCAGUUAAACAUCAUGAUGUGCCCGAGACAAGGCCGUUAGGGCGUGCUGAUGUCUCUCAAAGAUUAAAAGAUCUCAUUGGCUACACGCUUGAUAUCAAACCUUCUCAAAUACCCCACAAGGAAGCAGGCCAAGGUUUAUUUCUAAAUGGCGAAUGUGAUGUUGGUGCUGUGGUGGCUGUGUACCCUGGUGUAAUAUAUUCCCCUGCUUAUUACCGCUACAUUCCUGGGUACCCAAGAGUUAAUGCACAAAACUCAUAUCUGAUCACAAGGUAUGACGGGACUGUGAUCAAUGCACAACCUUGGGGUUCUGGGGGUGAAACCCGUGAUUUUUGGGAUGGUUUAACUGUACCAGAAAUCAGGCCUAAUAUGCAGGGAGGUGAGAAAGGUCCAGACCGGUUCUGGAAACUCCUUAGUAAGCCUUUGGAUCAAAGGCAACUGGGAAAUAGGGGCAACCUUCUAGAGGGGAGGAACCCAUUAGCUUUGGCUCAUUUUGCUAACCACCCUGCAAAGGAUAUGGCCCCAAAUGUUAUGAUUUGCCCUUAUGACUUCCCAUUGACCGAAAAUGAAAUGAGAGUCUAUAUUCCAAAUGUGGUAUUUGGAGAUGCAGAAGAAGUGAAGAUGAAGAGAUUUGGCAGCUUUUGGUUCAAACUUGGGGGUUCAAGAAAUGGCGGAUCAGAUGUUCCUGUUUUGAAGACUCUUGUUCUGGUGGCUACAAGGGCACUUUCUGAUGAAGAAGUUCUUCUGAACUAUAGGUUGAGCAACUCUAAGCGUCGGCCAGGGUGGUAUACUCCUGUUGACGAGGAGGAAGAUCGAAGGAGGUGGAGCUAA